AUGCCUUGUCUGCCCCAAACAGAAUGGGGUUCUCAUAUUGAUGUGGCGAUGCCAUGUUAUUGGCCACGAUACCUCCCAAAAGCAUACACGCCACGUUUCCAGGCAUUUGGAGGGCCUUUAGUUUCUCCCACCACCUCUGUCACCUCCGUCUCUUCCACCAUCCCGUUUGUCACCAGCUCAUCCACAGCAAAACCUUUCACCUCCUAUGAACCAUCUGAUAUCCCAGUCCCACUGCAAGACCUAUGGACAUCAUUUUCGGGCACACGAACUUACAAGCUUCAAACUCUGGCAGAUAUCUACGAUGAAUUAUGUGGAGCAAUAAACAAAGGUGAAAGCCUUUUCUCUUGCCCUUUGCGUCCUGCAACUGAAGAAAUAGGAAUCGAGUGUGAUGACAACAACUUUGGCAUCAAUAUUCCAGUAGAUCCUGAAGAUUACAAUUUUGGAGCCUUGCAGACAGAAACCCGCACUGGUGAUCCCAGUUAUCCAUGGCCCUCACUGGUGAUGUUUGCCGCUGAUCUACUAUUUAGCUCCCCUCGCCUCCGAUUCUCUCAAGCUCAACAAAAAGCAAUCCUGUCCUGGGCUAACGAGUUAUCGGCUAAAUAUGUUCCAACCCUCCACGCAUUGAAGAAAUGUCAAGAAACCAUACGCCAUCUUAACUCAAUCGGCAAAGCAAUUGCAAAGGACUAUUCAAACCCGAUUACAUGGUUUUCUAUGCAAGAUUACCCCAAAGAUGGAGAGGGCAGUAUGUCUCAGGCGCACCAUGGCUCCAAAAUGCUAUUAGACCCCCAUCCGUCCCUUGCGGUGCCCUCUGUUUCCGCUAAUAGCAAAAUCUUCUUUGUCGAUGAACUCCUGCAGCAAUCCAGUGGUGCUUACUUUAUUCCCAAGCAGUUCUUUCAAUCCAGAGACCAGUUGGACGAUGUGGAGAUUCUGUUGCUUGGGUACCCAGUUGCUCGUUCAGAGGCUGGUUUCAUUGUAGAUCUGGAGUGUGUAAUUGCUACAACAUCUACGUUCAAGUGCACAUAUGAAAAUAUUCACGCCAACGAGCCAGAGUUUUGUGGCUUUACUGGAGACAAUCCCAUGCACGCUGAGGAAUGCAGUCAUUUUGGGCUUCAAAGUAAUUUAUUUUGCAGAACAUGCAAGGUCGGUGGAACUCAAGCGCACAAAAAAACCGAUGAAGGUUAUCAGAAAGUUUUCGGAUGCAGCGAACCUCGAACCCCUCAAGAGACCUGCGAGGCAAUCAAGCACCAAAUAAAUACUUCUCUUGAGCCUAGAGGGACCGAGAAGGUUAAAAGGGCCGCUAAAAACUCUGGAAUACGCAACACAGCAAGUGAUUUAAUUAUCCGGCAUCUGCUUGAGUUGGGCAAGCAACUUCGCAAGCGUAAAGAAGGGAAGCCUGCUUUACCAGAGGCUGAAGUCCGCCAGCGGCUAGAACAGGAGCUUGAGACACUGCUGCAAGGUGCAACCCUCGAUGACCACAUCAAUCCUUUAUUAGGGAUGCCAGGUGUCAAUGUUCAUCAAGAUACGCCUACUGAGAUCCUACACACCGUUUUAUUGGGUGUAGCGCACCUUGAAUCCCUCAGCAAGGAUGGCCUUAACUCCCCCCAACUAGGAGCAGAAUACAUCUGUCGGUAUAAGGGUGGCCUCAUUGGCAAACAUUUUGAAAGCCUUGCACAGUCUAGAUGGAACUCUCCUGGUGAUCAGUCAAUGUUUCUGAAAGCUUUGGCUUUCACCACACGCAAUGGUGAUGAGGCUAAAGUUGGCAGCUAUGUGGUUGUCUCCUCAUUGUCCACCGAGACCCCCCUGUGGAUUGGAAAAAUAGAAGAGAUUCUCAUCACUGAAGCAAACCGUCAAUUUGCUGCUCAUGUUGCUUUUACUUACAUGGAUUUCUUGCCAGCACUCCAUGCCAACCUUCAAGUUCCUUGCUUGCGAAUUACAGAGUCACAAGAUGUGCUUCCCGCAGAGAAAUUUCUAUGUUCUGUUAAUGUGCUACACGACUGCUGCAUGUCAAACUGUAGUGAAUUCAAAACUGCGCCAGUACAACAAGAAUAUAGUGAGACAACUAAACUCACCAAGACAGUCGCACACAAACAAACCAACAAAUAUGUUCUCAAUUCUUCGCACCAAAACACCUUGGUUACCAAUGUCCAAGAAAUUCGGCUGAACGCUGCAAAACUGGUUUGUGAAAAGAAAACUCUGGUAGAUGCGGCAGGUACAACAGGUGCAGAUACGACAACUAAUCUUGAUGAGACGCCAAUGCCUGCUGUGCGGACACCCGCUUUUGACCGUACACCAUUCAGAAGAGGGAAAAAGAAGACGAUCAGUAAUCGGCCCACCAUAGCAGGGGCGGAUACUCCUCAACAUGCCCAUGCGCCAGUCUCUCCACAGAUCCAAUCUCCAAUCCGGCCUGGUCCUUCCAGGAUACCAGUUUUCCCUUCCUCUGCACCCGGACACCUCCAACGGGUUCAUUCACCAAUGCACGGGCUUAACGGAUUGCCUGCACCAUAUCACUAUCCACCCCAGAUGUUCUCUCAGCCUUAUGAAUCAUCAUCUCAGCCUUCUUUUUCCCCACAUCUUCAUCAUUCAAUUUCACAAUCUCACGCAGAAACAUCUCAGCUAUAUCGCUAUCCCCACCACAUGUUUUCUCAGCCUUCCGAUUUGCCUUUGCAGCCUUCUUAUCCCUUUCAACCUUCUUUCCCCCAUCAUCAUCCUUAUUGGAACACACAAUCAUGCAGAGAAAUUUGA